AAUGCAAAUGCAGGGAAUUUUAACGAUGCAGUCAAGUGUAAUAUUUUAAAAUCUAUGAUGGGUGGAAAAUAUGCUCCAGUAUCAGUAAAUAAUAAUCUUGUAGCGGAAAAUCUGGCUAUAAAUUCUCCAGAUACAUUACGAGCUAUUCAGAGAUUGACUCAGGAAAAAUAUCAGCCCUAUGAUACUUCAGAUACCUAUAAAGCUAGAAUUCGACCAUUAUUAUUAGGAGUAGCAGACAAUGAUGCACAAGUUUUAGGAUUCCUAAAAAGCCAUUUGACAGGUGAUUUUUAUACUUGGAUGAGAAUUGCUAAUCCAGCAGGCAUUAAUGCAUUUUUCACUGAACUAAAAAACAUGUGGCUGGAGCGCGCACCAAAUUUGAAUGGUCAAGUUUCUCAACAAUCUUCCUAUAACACCAAAAUAAUAGAAGCUCCUAUAAUUCCGCAAUCAAUAGAAAAAUUGAGAAAGGAAGUUCAAUCAUCAAAAGCACAGAAAACACAGACACCAGUUCCACAAACCGUUGAACCGGUUAGACAGCCAAGAGGUCCCCCAUCAAAUUUAAAAACAGAAGAAGAUUAUAAAAAUUAUUAUGUAGCAAAAUACUUAAAUGAUUUAGGUAUAUAUAGUAAUGAAGAUUUAGAUUCACAUUAUCCUAAAAAACCUUUUCAAAAAACAAACCAAUCUGCUAGAAUGGAUAGAAUAGAAUCAAAAGUAGAUGAAAUUGAACAAAUAACAUUUCAAUUUGGAAAAAUGGUACUUGAAAAUCAAUCCAAAAAAACAGUAGCCAAAUUAAAUCGAACACAACGAUAUUAUUCCUUUCAACCAAUAAAUUCUAGUGUUUUAGCUAAUGAGGAAGGUAAUGAUGAUAAGACAUCACAACCAGAGGCUGGCUCACCAUUACGAGAAAAAAUUAUCAAUCCAUUAACAAAAAAUAAAUGGGUUGAAUCUCUUGAAUAUAUGCAAUGUAAAAUAGAAGAUAUAGAUAUUCCAGAGACAUUUUCAGAUACUGCAUCCGAAUGUGUUCUUAUGAACAAAGCAUUAAAUAAUGCAUUAGGGUGGGAUCUUGGAAUUGCACCAAAUUUUAUUCUUACUCAUAAUUCAGAUCACAUAACCAAAUUAAUAGGAGGACAUAAAGAUGUUGCAAUAUCUAUAAAACAUAAGAAUGGGUGGCUUAUAGUAAUAGUAAAUAUUGUAGUUAUUGACGAUAAAGAAACAGAUUAUCUUCUUUGUUUAGGAAUGCCAUUUAUCCGAAAAGUUAAAGGAAUUCCAGAUUCGGAUAAACAUGAAUUCCGAAUGACAGUUUGUGGAAAAUCUUAUAUUAUCCCAACUUUUAUUAAACCAAAUGAAAAUAUUAACGAGAAGCAACCUUCAAGUAAGAUAUCAAGCUGUUGUACUAUAGUAAUACGGGAUACCACUCAAGAUACAGAGGCAUUAGAACCAUUAGAGGAAUGA